ACGAGGACAGAUUCAUUAUCAGAUUCAACAACUUAAAAGAUUGUUUCACGAGGACCUGGGUCUGCAUUCGACAAUCGGAAUCUGUUCUUACAGGAUUGUUGGUGGAAAUAAUAACGAUUGAUCGAGAAAAGGAUAAGAAAUGAAGAAAAGGCUUCUUUAUCAGUCGAAACAUCCAUUUGAUCCAUGUUCUUUCGAGGCGUUCUGCUCGGGAACAUGGAAGGGUGUGGAUCACUUAAAGAUCGAGGACGGGAUGAUGGCGAUGCAUUUCUCGGAUAACGGGUAUAUGAUAGACGGAAAACGCGCUUUCCAGAGGCUCCGUUUAAGGUCAAGAAGGGCGAAUUUGGUCGACUGUACCUGCUUUCUAAGGCCCGGUAUUGAUGUUUGUGUUCUGUAUCCUGUCCGGAGAAUAGGCAUUUCUGACAAAGAAACUCUGGAACAUGACCUUGAACCGGUUUGGGUCGAUGCUAAGAUCGUUUCGAUAGAGAGGAAUCCCCAUGAAUCCGAAUGCUCGUGCAAGUUUUACAUCAACAUAUACAUCGAUCAAGGCUGCAUCGGGUCGGAGAAGGUAAGAAUGAAUCGAGAUCCUGUAAUUGUCGGCCUAAAUCAUAUUUCCAUCCUCCAGAAGUUUUUCAAGCAACAGAGCGAGGACCGACCUUACAGGUGGCACUUCUCCGAGGAUUGUCCUUUGCUCGUGAAAACAAGGCUAACGUUAGGCAAGUUCUUGCCCGACCUUUCGUGGUUACUCGUCGCAUCAGUCAUGAAACGGAUUUCGUUUCACAUAAGAACGAUCCGAGAGAAGCUAGUUUACCAGAUUAUAACCGAUAACGAAUACGGCGAAGGAAGUAGUUCUAUGCAUGCUGUGAAUUUCACAGUGCAGAAUGGCGUUUCGUUAUCUAAAGUUGUCGAAUUCAACCCUGCGGAUACGGUUGAGGAGGAAACCGAAAGUCCCAUCGUUAAGCAAGAAACCGAUCUUUACCCUUACGACGGGGUAAUAGAGCUACGUCGGUCCAAAAGAAGAAAUGUAAGGCCGGAUAGAUUCUUGGGCUGCAGUCUUGAUUCAAAUGAAGGUUGGAUUCGGAUGAUGCCAUAUCGGUAUAACAAAUGGAGUAUAGACGAGGAAGAUAUCGAGUAUGAUGUCGAGGAUGAUGACGAGGAUGGAGAGGAUGACGAUGAUUUGUAUGUGCCAUUGUCGCAUUUGUUCGGGAAAAAGGGAAGAGCUCCUCAAGAACGGGACAAGGGAAACACGAAAGCGUCGAGUAAGGACAAGAAAGGACGGAUUCUGCUACUGGAAGGUCGGGAGAAAACGAAGAACACGGGAAGAAUGUAUGGCCGGAGAGAAGGUAAGUCCGAACUUUCGAUGAUUCCUUUCACUCCGACGUUCGAACCCAUACCUCUCGAGCAGUUUGGUCUCAAUGCCGAUUCUUGGGGUGGUGGUUUCUCGAGGAGUAAUUAUAUGGAAGCGAUAGAUAAGUAUCGUAGUAAAGCUGUGAAGCAUGGGAAAAAACUGAUGUCUGAUUUGGAAGAAAUGGAAUCUGAUCUGUGUUGGAAAGGCAGCAUCGGGAAAUCGGUUCAGAGAAGAAAAUCGCAUUCCCGCUCCAUAGUUCUGAAAACAGACGAUAUCGACGGGCCAAAGAUCCAUACAAAGAAAACGUUAAGUGCGGGUGCUUAUAAUAAGCUGAUCGAUUCGUAUAUGAAGAACAUUGAUUCGACGAUUGCUGCUAAGGACGAGCCAACUAAUGUUGUUGAGCAGUGGGAAGAGUUGAAGAAGGUGAAAGCGUCCUCGAAACAGAAUGGAGAAAACGACGAAACCUCGAGUGAGGAAGACGAUGGAGAGACAUCGGAGAAUGAGAUGUUGUGGAGAGAAAUGGAACUUUGCUUGGCUUCGAGUUACAUCCUCGAUGACAAUGAGGCGAGAGUUGACAACGAGGCGAUCCAAAAAUCGAACGGGGGCUGCGAACACGAUUAUCGACUGGAUGAAGAAAUCGGGCUACUGUGCAGGUUAUGCGGACACAUCAAAACAGAGAUAAAACAUGUUUCCGCACCUUUUGCCGAACAUAAGAAAUGGACCACCGAGAAAAAGCAGAUCGAUGAAGAUGAUAUCAGGACGACCAAUGUAGGGCAAGACAGGAACACCGAGGAUCUGAAUAUGUCCGCUGAUCACGCUUCAUCCUCGGAGUUACCCUUGGGAGAAGAAAACGACAAUGUCUGGUCGCUGAUACCCGAACUUAAAAGAAAAUUGCAUUUGCACCAAAAACGAGCUUUCGAGUUUCUAUGGAGAAACCUCGCAGGGGCCAUGGUACCUGCGGAAAUGGACCCGAGCUCGGAUAAUAUUGGUGGCUGCGUGAUAUCUCAUUCCCCUGGGGCUGGGAAAACUUUCCUGAUCAUCGCUUUCCUCGCUAGCUACUUGAAGCUUUUUCCGGGCAAGAGACCGUUAGUUCUUGCCCCGAAGACAACCUUGUACACAUGGUACAAAGAGUUCAUCAAGUGGGAAAUUCCGGUACCGGUGCAUCUGAUCCACGGUCGGAGAACCUACUGCGUUUUGAAGCAGAACCCGAUUCCGAUCAAAGGUUUCCCGAAACCGAGCCAAGACGUAAUGCAUGUUCUGGACUGCUUAGACAAGAUACAGAAAUGGCACUCUAAUCCGAGCGUUCUCGUCAUGGGAUACUCGUCGUUUCAGACAUUGAUGAGGGAGGAUUCGAAGUUAGCUCACCGGAAAUACAUGGCUAAGGUGUUGAGAGAGAGCCCGGGGCUACUGGUUCUAGACGAGGGGCACAACCCGAGAAGCACAAAAUCGAGAUUACGCAAGGCGUUGAUGAAAGUCGAUACCGAUUUACGGAUACUGCUUUCGGGUACGUUGUUUCAGAACAAUUUUUGCGAGUACUUCAACACGCUUUGCUUGGCUAGACCCAAGUUUGUUCAUGAGAUUCUAAUGGAGUUAGACCAGAAAUUCAAGACCAACCAAGGUGUGAACAAAGCUCCUCACUUGCUGGAGAACCGAGCUCGGAAAUUCUUCCUCGAUAUCAUUGCCAAGAAGAUCGAUUCGAGCGUCGGAGAGGAACGGCAUCAGGGUCUGAACAUGUUGCGGAACAUGACCAAUGGUUUCAUCGAUGUUUACGAAGGAAACGGGAGCGGAGAUGUACUCCCGGGUUUGCAGAUAUACACGUUGUUGAUGAAUUCCACCGAUGUACAGCAUCGGGUUUUGAUGAAGCUUCAGAACAUAAUGUCGACCUUCCAUGGAUACCCCCUCGAGCUCGAGCUUCUGAUAACGUUAGCAGCUAUUCAUCCAUGGCUGAUAAAAACGUCGACCUGCGUCAGCAAAUUCUUCAACCCUCAAGAACUCGCAGACAUCGAGAGGCUCAAGUACGACGCGAAGAAAGGGUCGAAGGUCAUGUUCGUGCUAAACCUCGUCUUCCGGGUGGUUAAACGAGAGAAAAUAUUGAUCUUUUGCCACAACAUUGCCCCGAUCAACCUGUUCCUCGAGCUAUUCGAGAACGUUUUCCGGUGGCGGAGAGGUCGAGAGAUCUUGACACUGACGGGAGAUCUGGAGCUCUUCGAGAGAGGAAGGGUCAUCGACAAGUUCGAAGAACCGGGCGGGACGGCACGUGUGUUGCUUGCCUCGAUCACGGCUUGCGCGGAAGGCAUCAGCCUGACCGCUGCUUCUCGGGUCAUCAUGCUGGAUUCGGAGUGGAACCCUUCGAAGACGAAGCAAGCCAUAGCUCGAGCUUUCAGGCCGGGACAGCAAAAGGUCGUGUACGUCUACCAACUCUUGGCCCGGGGGACGCUCGAGGAAGACAAGUACAGGAGAACGACGUGGAACGAGUGGGUGUCGAGUAUGAUUUUCAGCGAGGAAUUCGUGGAGGACCCGUCGUUGUGGCAAGCCGAGAAGAUCGAAGACGACGUUCUCAGAGAGAUCGUGGAGGAAGAUAGAGUGAAAUCGUUCCAUAUGAUCAUGAAGAACGAGAAGGCUUCCACUGGUUGAAGUGUUUCGGACAAGAAGAUGUCAGUAAACACUGCUUGUUGUGUAAUGUAAUAAUAUAUGGAACCAACUCCCUGUUUCUGUGAAAUAAAUAAGUUGUAGGAUCGGAGAAUAUUAAAAAAAAAUAAGCAUUUAGGUUAAUGCAAUUCCCCCG